AUGGCGACUAACGAAACUGAAGAACACAACACUCGGAGCAUUGGAAGCGGCACAACCCAGCAAACUCCUCGACCUGCAGUUGAUCCAUAUUACGUCAACCCCAACGAGAACCUAGCCCAAGGUAUUAUUUCUGUAAAACUUGAUGGAUCUAACUACCAUGUAUGGAGUAGAUCUAUGAGAAUCGCCUUAAAAACCAAGAAGAAGCUUGGGUUUAUCAAUGGCAGCCUACCUAUGCCUGAGGUAACCGACCCUGAUUAUGAAGCUUGGGAUCAGAGUAAUACCAACGUCAUGGGUUGGAUUCUCAAUUCCCUGCUCGACUCCAUAGCUGAGGCUGUUAUGGACAACGAGACAGCCUAA